AUGACAGACCGAGCUUUAAGUCUUUCACAUUUAAGAAAAACAUUUCUGGAGAUAUCUAAACUUAGCGCUAAUUCCCAAAAUGUUGAGGGUGAUCCCAGUAAACUACUACCAUUGUUCUCGAAAGUUAUGGAAAUGUAUAAUCCAGCAGAAUUAGAAAAAGAGUUCAAAGAUAUUUCAAAUUUUCUUUUUUAUUUGACGAGCUUUUUCGUUCGAGAAGUCAGGCAUAGAGCUACCAGUCAAGGUACUGUAGAAGCUGCUACUGAAAUUGCCACCUUUCUACAACCUUCAGCAAACAGUAAAGGAUGGGCAAUGUUGAAAUCUUUAAAUUAUUUAUUAUGCAUAAAUGAAGAAAAAAUCAUUAGAUCUGUUGUACAAUCUUCAUUCCCUACCACUUUGAUCAAAUCCCUUUAUCUCUUCCUGGAUUUACCCAAUGUUCCUGAGCUCUGUGCUCAGUUCGAAAUUCUAGAGGGUGCUAUGUUCUCAAUAUUAGAAAAGUUAUGUGUGCAUAGUAUUGUUAUCGACGAUUUGGUUAGGAAAGAUGACCUUUUGCUUCUAUUCGCGGGUGGAUCUUCAUUCGUACCUCCUCAUAACGUAAUUUGGCGAAAGACAAUCGCUCGAACUCUGCAAUUACUUAGUAAUAAGGCAUUGAACCCUUUGGCUAUUAGCUAUAUACACAACCGAAAUUGCAUUCGUCUAUAUCUUACAAAUUGUGGGAAUGAACAUCUAAGUACACAAGAAGCAGUAGAUAUGAUUCUCUGCUUGCUAUGUAUAUUGAAGGAUUCUUCUACUCACUCCAAUAUCUUGCUCGAAGAUUUUCUAGCCGCUAAUGGUUAUAAUCUUGUUAAAACAUUUCUAACUAAUCCGUUUAAUAAUUUCGAUAUUAUCCGCCAUUUCAUUCUUAUGCUAACUUCUCUAGUUAGUGUCGGUGCGGAAGAGAUAAACUCUACACAUAGCUCCGGAUUAGUCCAGCUACCGACUUUUGUUUUACCUACCCCCCUCGGUCUAGACACAAGUGUUAGAAAUCUUCAAGCGUUCAAACUCCUGUAUGAAGUUUACUUAAACUCCGAACUUGAUAAUAUUUGUUCUACUGUUCUUGAUGCGAUACAUUCCAUAUAUACUAGCGAUCCGGCUAACUACUUUAUCUUGGAUAAAGAAUAUCCUCUCUCCUUAUUUGUUGAUCAUAUGCACACUAAAUCCAAAGAAGUUCAACUGAAAGUUUUGGACUUGGUAGAACAUGCAGUUUUCCAGCUCAAUCAUAUCCCAUGUAAAGAGCUUAUCAGCUUUUGUAUUCAGAUCAAAACUCAACUAAGCGCAGAGAAUUUGCCUCUAUGCAUCAGCGUCGUACAGAGUUCUUUCCGCUUGUUGACAGUGGAUGAUAUUAUGAAGGAUGCAUUCCGAGAAGUUGGUCUGUUGGAAACUGCAUGCUAUGCGUUGAAAAAUGAGUACAAGAUGUCAAAAGAAAGAGAUUUGAGUGAAUUGGAAACUAAGUUCGCUCUCCUUGUAACCGAUUUGUUAACUGUCAUGGUCAAAGGCAACGUUGAGAACACAAAAACAUUCUCCGAGUACGUUGGUCCAAAAACAUUACUUCAACUUAUCUCGGACAGCAGUGGUGAUUGGAGAAAUAGUUGUUUUCUAUUAUUGAAGCAACUUUUGCUUUCUUCAACUACUGAUCAGUACCUUGCUGAAAUAAUUCAGGUGCUGAAUCAGGGCAAGCCACAAGAACAACUAGAACUAGAUUCUCAUCUUUUGAAAUGUGUACUUGGAGUUUUACGUGAAUCUCAUAAGGUCCGAGUAUACUUUCGAAAAUCCGGCGGAUACCUCUCCUUCAUCUCAUUAUUCCUGGCUCUCGAAGAUGUUUUCAGUAAUUCUGAAAUGAACGAAAGCGAUACGGAGUACUUCAUUGCUCUUAUUGAUUUCGUGCAUUUGAUUUUCAAAGUGCUCUCUAUUAGUAUGCGGUUUGAGCCAUCUAAUGCUAAAUAUUUCUUUUCUGAGGUGGGCUGGGAUAGCAUAACCACAGUUCUUCGGUUGAUGGGAUGUUUUAACAAAUCACAAGUUAUCGAUGUUAUCCUACCAGAAUGGAAAAAGCAAGUAACCGAGUUCAAAGAAGAACUCGGUGCUUGCCACUCCGUUUUUAAGAUGCAAGAUCUUAAUAAUUCAGAAAAGAUUCCUACAGGAAUGCCAUUGUCUAUUUUCUAUGCAUGUAGUAUGAUCCGAUUUCUAUUUAAUAUGGCUAUGGAUAACUAUGAAAAAAUGACCACGGAUGUGCUAUGGUCAGCUGAUACUUCUUUUGAAGGAGAUAUCGUUUCAUGGUCUUCCUCUUUGCUGGUACAUCCCGGGGCUGUCUUAUCGAUUCUAGGUCUACUUCCCUCAAUCAAAUCCGAUUUGAACAAGUGGACAGUCGCUUCACAGUUGUAUUGUUCUCUAUUGCUGAAAGCUCUUUUGAAACCUGAAAGAAAUCAACAAAUGAUGUGCCAGGUGGAUAUGCCGAGGCAUUUACUAUCUAUAUCCGAGAAACUGUUCUUAUGUGAUGAUCAUGUGCUACUUCCAUCAUUUUACUAUCUACUAGAGCGUUUGUCUUAUCAGGCAAUGCAACCUAACCAGCUGAGACAAUUUCUUCGUUUGGAUCUUCCAUUAUGCUGUCAUUCUUUGGAUGUUCUUGAUGUGCAAGAUAGUAGUAGAGCCAACGAGGGUGGACCUGUUCCGCUACAGAGAGUGAGAGCUUUGGUUUCAAUGAUGACACCUAAGGAUCAAAGACUGAACCAUGCGCCAUCAUUCGUAGAAUAUGAUAUGUCAGUUGAAGGAUUUGGAUGCUUGUUUGUGCCUUCCCUUGCUCCUCUAUAUUCAACACCAAGAUCGGAACGUAUAUUCCCUCCGCUAAAUGGAUUGUCUUUCUCUACGUGGUUGUUCAUCGAAAGCUUCUCGGAUAAGAAAGUGGAUGCGCAUCCUCUGCGUUUAAUUACAAUCAGCAGAACUGUAGCAUGGCAGGACGAAAGAAGAAAACAAGGACUCUCCAAUUUAUCUUGUUUGUCAAUCCAACUGAGUGCAAUAGAUAAAAGUUUACUGAUUUCCACGGAGGAGUUUGAGAAUGCUGGGGCCGAUCUCGAAAAAAUUUCAAACUUCUCGUCGGAUAAGGUUAUAAGAGUAGCUUUAGCUGAUGUUGUACGGCCUAUGGAAUGGUUUCAUUUAACUGUUGUUCUCUGCCGAUCAGUUCUGAAAACUAGUACUGCUUUGGUUUACAUAAAUGGAAAACUAAUCUCAACACAAAAGCUACAGUAUAUUGUUCAAACAGCCGGAGGAGGAGCAACACAGCUGGCACAAACCUUGGCCGUCAAUACUUUCCUAGGCACGUUACCAUCCAUCCGAAGACCUAGUAGAUUACGAUACCGUAUAGCAUCAACUUUCCUAAUAGAAGAUGCCCUGUCGAUUGAGAUUAUUGCGUGUUUAUACAAGUUAGAGCCCCAUUAUGUUGGAAAUUUUCAAACAGUUGGACCUGGAAAAACACCAUUACUCGCUGAAGAAAAAGUAAUUCUGUCUUUGAAUGGGCUAUCUACUUGUGAACUUACUCUGUCUAAAAUUCGAGCGGUUUAUAGCAAAAUUGAUUCGGAACUGUUAGCUUCACACCUUGGGUUAUCACCUCUGGAUAACAGUACACCUCUGCGUAUUCAUUUAAAUACAGCCACUCAUUCCCCAGGACCAGCCCGUUCUUUCGGAGCAGUUGUUGUUGGAUAUUUGGGGAUGAGGUCUUUUGCGCCAUGUCCUGUUCCUCGACUCCUCGAUUCCAUGGGCGGUUUCGCUUGCUUGUAUGGUUUAGUUGCGAUGGCUUCAGAUUCCGAUGGCUUGUAUGCUUCUCUAAAAGCCUUGCUUUCCGCUUUGAGGUCCAAUAGCAAUCUGAAAACUGCUCUUCAAUCUCAUCGUGCUUAUCAGACGUUAGCUGUAUUGUUGGAAGACAAAGCUCAAUUAUUAAACUCCCAUAUCAUGCAUAUGAUUUUUAGUUUAGCAGGAACUCUCGACACGUCGAAGGAAACUGCUUCUAUUCCAAACUCGCAGGCAUUCGAAGAUUUAUUAUGCGACUUGGAUGUUUGGGCAAACGCACCGGAUGAUGUGAAUCGAAUGAUACUUGAUCAUUUCUACGAAUUGAUCACAGAUCAUCAGAGGGAGAAUUUGAGUACAUUGAGGAAGUCUCCAUUGCUGUCACGAUUACUGUUUUUGCUUUUCGAGAAAGAAAAAAUAUCUCGCUCAUCGAAUGAAAUAAUCUUCAACUUAUUGGCAGCAAUAUUACAGCCUCCAUCCGACAGCAAAAGUAUUUUAAAGAUCGGCCAAAUGAUUGCUGCUUCCCUAUCGUCGGAUUACUCAAAUGCUUGUCAAGAGUUGAAGCUGCCAUUCCAUAUUGCGGAGUUGCAGUUAGAGGCUUUCAAAACAAAUCCCGAGAGCUCUUCAAUAGUUAUGACUUAUAUUCGCAAUAGGAUGCUCAACAUAUUAGCAAAUUUCCUUUCUCAUUCUAACCCUCAAUUGAAUCAUCAUCUCUCAGAACAGAUUGUUAAAAAUCUUGGUUUCGAUUGGAUAUUUGCUCUUCUAUCUCCUGGCGUUCAUUCGGGGACGGUUUUUUUAGCACUAAGAAUUUUGCUGGCUAUACUUUCACAUUCUCAUCUACUUAAUGCUUUCAAAGAAGGCUCUUGCAAUGGCGGCUGGUUAUGUGAUGCAGAAGCUAUUGUUAGGAACAGAGCAGCGGUAGUGCUCGGCUUCUCCGUGUCAGCGCACGGAGGAUCUGUUGGUGGUAAAAUUGAUAUGAAUCCGGACUUGAAAAAUUGUCCGGGGUUUGCUGCAUUGGAGCAUGUUAUGCCGGCACACUGUGGGAAACCUCAUGCUUUUCUUGCUAUGUUAUCUAUUCUAGUAGGACAGCCCAUCAAGGAUUUGAGAUUCAGUGACAUAUUCGAUAUCGAUCAUAUUUGGUCUCAUGUUUACGGUUUAUCCCCCCAAAAUUCUGUCUACGAAGCUAUAAGUAAUACUGAGUUUUGCUUUGAUGCUAUGAUCCCGCUGUUGUCUAUGAUCCGUGCAGCUCUAUAUGAAUGCAAUGAGACUGACCGGACGACUGCUCAGGGUUACGGUCUAUCUAUCAUUCAAAUGCUUGGUUUCAUGUAUCAGAAUUCAUCCAACUUUUUUUUGGCUGCUCAUUCAGAGGAAUUGUUUUUAGCAUUUUUUUCCUGCCUAAUUCCUAACACGAAUGCUCUGGGUGUUUAUUCUGCUCCUUCUGAACCCGAGAUUGAAUUAGCAGAUUUUCGCAAUUUUGUUUCUUCCAAUCAACUGGUCAAGGCAGCAUUGGAUCUUCUGAAGAGAAUACUCUCCAAUGAUUUCAAUGUCUCUGGAAAUGGAAAAGAGUUGAGUUUGAUUGAUAGUAUCAUCGAUUCAUUCGCUGAAAAAGGAAACACAAGAAGAUAUCAGUUAGUUCUGUAUACAGUUCUCGUUCAUGAGUGUUUUACACACUUAAUCAGCACGGAUCUUUUGGUUUCUUCUGCACUUCCGCAAAACGUAACUCUUCAGAGUCUUACACAGGUUUCUGUGAAUGUGUCGCAUUUUGUUUCUCGUGUUCUUGAUACUCAGUGGAACGGAAAUCUAUUGGACAGUCCAAAAUUCCUUUUGAACCACCUCCUUUCCCUCCAUUCUAUAGGCAAUCGUUCUGAAAAUAAGGGCUUCAACCUUGAAAGCAUCGUAGCUUCCAUGAUGAGAUGUGCUUUAUUCAUUCUGAGUCGGCCAAUCGACACUGUUCCAGUGCAAAUGUCUGUUCUCGAUACGCUGUCCUUAAUAGUCUCCUCGAAACAUAUCUUUUUGUCUGCUAAUGAGCCAUGGUUUUUCACUUCUCUCACACAUUUGAUUUUUAUGCUCUCAGUAACACCAGAUAUUAUGUGUGAAUCAUUUUCUCCACUGGACAAGGCCAGCGCGCAGGUUGCUCUGUGUGCCGCCAGAGUGUGGACGGAUGUUCUUUGUUCAAGGAGAAGUUUAUUAGAAGAUGCGUUCAAGAAACCGAUUGUCAGUGAGCUGAAUGCUUCAAGAGCGUUGUUGGCUAAUUCGGCUAGUGUUCUGUGGCAGCAAUACGUUGAUUCACAAGUUGCCCCAUCAAUGCAAAAUGUUUCAAAAGAUUUUCAGCAGCAGUUAACCUUUAAAAUCACCAAAAUGGCCACUGGGUUGACACGCCUUGCAGGCAAGAGGACUCUGUCGUCUGCUGGUUCUGUUAUAAUUGGAUCUCCUUGGAAAAAUAUUAGUGUCGAUAGAAAUGUUAUUCACAUGUGGCUUCGUGUUCAUAUCAGUUUGAUCAGAGAGUUAUUGCAAACUCAAGCUACCCGCUAUCAUGAAUGGCAUGCACAUGUUAGAAAAUGGUCUUUGCAAGAGUGGCAUCAGUUAGAAGCGGAACUCACUAGGGAGCGUGGAAUUUGGGGUCCAGCCAAGGCUUCGAAGUUAGAUAAGUACAAGCUAGAUACAACUGAAGGAACUUCUCGAAUUCGUAGGAAAUUGAUACCUAACCGUCUGUUCUACCAUAUCUAUCCGUAUCGUCCUCAUUUAGACAUCCCGUCUGCGAAAGCCAUCAGAGCUAAAGUGGCUAUAUCAAAAGAUAGUAAACUGUAUUACGAAGCUUGUGUUUUGAGACGGUCUAGAACGAUGGAUUCACGAAUAAUUGACCAGGCUGUUACGGUUACAACUCCUUCUGAAGAGCAAUCUCCUUUAUAUGAUCUAGCCCAGUUUAACUCGUCAUUGAUUCGUCGCUUGUCGUCUCACCCUUCGGCAGUCGUAGAAAAUAAAGGAUCUGAUUCAGAGACAAAGGAUAUGGGAGAAUCAAUUGAAGAGGAACAUUCUGUUGAAAAAGAACCAACCCCUGAGGAAGAGAACACGGAUGACUGCUCAGUGAAUGAGUCCCAGUCUAUCGGAAGAGAGUCCGAGAAGGAAAGGCGAGAAUCUGCUAAACAGAAGAAAAGAGGUCCGGAUAAUCAAACACUUUUACGUCUCCUAGAACAGGGAGAGCAACUAUGUAGUAUGUUUAGAUGUGCUAGAAUUCAGGGACUCGAAACUUCAGAAGGAUUGCUUUUAUUCGGGAAAGAGAAUUUUUACGUUGUUGAUGGCUUCACUUUAUUAAAAACAAGGGAAAUCCGAGACUUGGAUUUUCUCAGUCCUGAGCUCCAUGAUCCAAUAGUACCCUACACGGCCACUGGUUCGACAAAACCACCGAAAGCUUCGCGCUUAUGUAGUAAAUUCAGUUACGAAGACAUCCGAGAAGUUCAUAAAAGAAGGUACUUACUGCAACCUAUCGCUUUAGAACUAUUCAGUGCAGAUGGGAGAAAUUAUCUUCUAGCUUUCCCGAAAAAAAUGAGAGAUCGCGUUUAUGAGAAGCUCUUGUCUAUGGCUAAGAGCAAGAUUACAAUAGCUUCUGAGUCUGUAGGCGGGCAAAAAGCAUCCUUAGCCGUAGAACAAAGUGGAAGAGCUAGCAUUUUGAAUUCUCUCCUCCUUGGACAACAAUCAGUAACACAGAGAUGGUUGAAUGGCCAGAUAACAAAUUUUCAGUAUCUGAUGCAUUUAAACACAUUGGCUGGAAGGUCUUAUAAUGAUUUGUCGCAAUAUCCUGUGUUUCCUUGGGUUCUCUCGGAUUAUACAUCUUCAACUUUGGAUUUAACAAACCCUGAAACGUUUAGAGAUUUUUCCAAGCCAAUGGGAGCUCAGAGCGCUCAAAGACUUGAACAGUUUUUGAAACGUUAUAGGGAAUGGGAUGACCCAACGGGCGAGACUCCGCCUUACAUGUACGGAACACAUUAUUCAUCCGCUAUGAUAGUUGUUUCCUACCUUGUCAGGCUUGAGCCAUUCACACAACAGUUUCUGAGCUUACAGGGAGGUCAUUUUGAUCUGGCUGAUAGGAUGUUCCACAGUGUGGGGGAUGCCUAUGUUAGCGCAAGUAUGAAUAACAUGGCCGACGUGAAAGAACUCAUACCAGAGUUUUUCACACUGCCUGAAAUGUUCCAGAACAAAAACAAUUUUGACUUGGGAACGAAACAAAAUGGUGUAGUUUUGAAUGAUGUGAUACUACCGCCGUGGGCCCACGGCGAUCCUAGAGAGUUCGUUCGUCUACACAGGCAGGCUUUGGAGUGCGACUACGUAUCAUCUCAUCUGAAUGAAUGGAUAGAUCUAGUUUUUGGACACAAGCAAACAGGGGAAGAGUCUAUCAAAGCGAAUAAUCUAUUUCAUCAUUUAUUCUAUGAAGGCAGUGUGGACUUUGAGUCUAUUGAGGACCCAUUGACCAGGAAUGCCACUAUAGGUUUCGUUAAUAAUUUUGGUCAGAUCCCAACUCAGCUCUUCAAAAAGCCACAUCCUCGAAAAAGGGUGAAUCCAACAGAUGGCUUCAGUAACACUCCUGGCGUUACCACAAAUCGGUACUUCUAUCACUCCUUGCAAUCUCUGAAACCGCCGCAAUCUCCUACAAAGGAGAUCAGAGGAUCUGUUGGAACUCUGGUCCAUAAUGAUCGAGUUGGACUCAUAGUUCUCGAGCAAAAUAAAGUACCAUUAGGAUUGAACCGUUAUAUUAUAUGGGGUCUACCAGAUCGUUCUUUAAGAAUAGGCAACAUUGAUUCGGACAAAUCUACUUGCAUAUAUGAGAUGGGAGAUUCUGACGAGUUGACAUGUAUAUCAGUAGGAGAUGAACGCACAAUUUUUUCUGGCAGCACUACAGGAUGUAUAAGUGUUUGGACAUUGGAGAAGAAGCCUCAGUGCUUGAAGUUAAGAAAAGUGUUGGAUGGUCACUCUGAUGCUGUGACUGCUAUGGUUGUGUGUCCCCUACAUGCUAUUCUCGUUUCGGCAAGCCGUGAUAGAUCUGUAAUCAUAUGGCAUCAGUCAGAGUUGUCUUUGAUAAGACAACUUCCCCAACAUCCGGGCACAGUUUCAGCAGUCGCGGUCAAUGAAACAACGGGAGAUAUUGCAACUGCCUGUUCUUCUCACCUAUUUCUAUGGUCGAUAAAUGGUGAUAAGCUUGCAGAUAUAAAUACUUGCGAUACUAACAUACCUGGUGACACUGGUCAAAUGAUACUAUCUUUAGUUUUUACUACGAUUAAUGAGUGGGAUUCUGAUAACGUUGUUCUCUGCGGAACUUCGGAUGGUGUUGUUAAAAUAUAUUCUUGUGUUUUUAUUAAGAAUGAUGGUUCUGUUGAGCAGAAUGAUACACAAAGUUUCGUUGAGGUCGAACCAACUCCAGCUACUACUAUUCUCUACCAACGUCUGGAGAAACAGCGAAAGCGUUUAAAGAUGACAAGCAAUCAAGACAGCGCCAUUUCCUCUACUGGCUCAUUAUCACAUUCCCCAGAACCGCCUUCUUCUCCUAGGCGUUCAGCUUCUCAUCCAGCAUUUGUCCGUGUUUUAGUGCAGCGUGCUGCUUUGACCAUGCAUACGGCUUUUAAUCGUCCAGAUAACACUCAUCCAGCACCAAUCACUUCUAUAAUACCUAGCAAGGAUCAUCGAUCUCUUUACGUCGGAGAUGGUAUAGGGCGUGUUUGGUGUUGGCAGAUAGGAGAUGAUGGUGGGCGAUUAGAUCAUUGGGUUCAAGAUGUUACCCGUCAACGGUGCACGCAAUGCCAGCAAAAAUUCACGAUUGCGGAACGUAAACAUCAUUGCCGUAAUUGUGGACAAAUUUUUUGCUCCAAAUGUAGCAGAUUCGAAUCACAUAUUACUCACAUGAAGAUCUCUCGACCUGUACGAGUUUGUCAGAACUGUUUCGUACGGCUUAUGACACAAAAUCCUUGA